AUGGCUUCGAUCAUCAUCAGUUGGGGAGAUUUCUUCUGCUACGGAGCGUUCUGGACGAUCAUCUUCGUGUGCAAGUUCAUGUUCAACUCAGUUGAUGGUCAAGUCUCUCAUUGGACCCAGCGUGGAGAUCUACAGCGCCGCUAUGUGGCUCCAGUGGUUCUUGUGUUUAUUUACGAUUCUCAGAUCUGGCUCGCUAUCGCUCAAGCUAUCAUCGGUGGCUGGAUCGGAUUCCGUCUCAAGAUUGACCACUCGGCUCGCAUCAAGGCGUUUGUGAAGCGCCUGCGGCAGGCCCCCAAUUUCUUCCCCGCUAUCGUCGAGCUCUGUUGCUCGUUAUGCCAACAGCCGCCUACGCAUUGA